AUGUGUGAACCAAGAGAUUUGGCUUAUUGGCACGAAGUGUUUGUUCUACUCACCUAUAGUAAAAGUAGAGCAAUGGCUUAUAGAAAUGCUGCAGUCAAAGAGAAAGCUGUCAUUCGAAAUUACGACGGUAUGAAUAUUGGUUUUACAGAAGAAAUACGAUACAUAGACGGCAGUUGGGAUGAAAGAACUUGUUUAGGUGUAAUGAAAUUUAAUGAUCCAGAGGGUGCAAGACAUUGGCUACAAAGCGAUCAUCCAUUUCGACAACCUGAUUUCUUGAUCAAGUUGACAUUUUAA